AGGAAGGUUUGUUCCCAUUAAAAAUAAGUUUCCCUAAGAUAAAAAAAAAAAAGCCCCAAACAUUUUCCUUCUUUUUUUCUUACGCAUUGAUAUCCAUUUCUUCUCCCUUUCUACAUUGAAAUUGAAAUAUACAGUAAGCAGCACCAUUUGACGGACGGGGUGGGGGAUGUUAGAAAGGAACGUUGCUUAUUUGAAGCAUUUCGAUUAGAUGAUUCCAUCACAUUCAACAACAGAAGAAGUGAUCCAUCCCACAUUCAACGACUGCUGUAUAGAUAUUGGAAGAAGAUCAUUAUAAUUUGAACCUGCCCUGUUAUGGCUUCCUGGCUGGUCACAUGUUUGGCUCUGCUUCUGAUUCAAGCAUCAUUUACGCUACAUUUUAUUGGGGAGUUUCCUUACCCAGAUUUAGUUUCAUUCUUUCAAGAAAAGAAAAUUUGUAAACUUCAAUGGUCGAAUCGUCGUCCCAAUAAAAGAUCAGAUUUUGAAAUUCAAAAUGGAACGAAUUGUCUGUAUUUCUUCGAAUCUUCAAGAAAUAUAAACUGGAAAAACACCUUCAGAAUUACGAAAGUGAAUGUGAUAUUUCACUCCUACAAUUACGAGUAUAAUUUUGAUUUGGAAGCCUACAGUUGCCAACCUCAAAAUGACUCUCAAGAUGUACAAAGUCUUUUGAUGUGCAAAUGGGAAAACGCUGUCGUGGGAAAAACAUGCGCAGAAGGGUUAGGAUGUGACGAUGAAAGGGAAAAUUGCGAAGAAAAUCCAAUUUUUGAGAAGAACUUCUGUAUCCCUAAGAGAAGAGCUGUUUCUUGCGAAGCAUGUUCACAGUGUACUGGGAAUGUUCAAUGCGAACACAACGCUGAAGGGAAGACAUCACGGUGUUUACAGGGCUAUGUAAUCAGGAAUGGGACAUGUUUAAAAGAGACGCCUCUGUCGUGGAUACAUGAGAAGGACAACCAAUUGGUCGUGGUAGGGGCAGGUGGAUUUACCUUCGGAGUAAUUUGCUCUUCCACAGUCCUACUUUUCAUUUACUGCAGAAAACGAAAAUCAAAAUCUAGCAGCACAAGACUUCAUGCAUCGUCUAUCAAAAUCGACGACAGUCAUCGAAACACCUCUGAUGAUCAUGACGAGUUCGGCAAUUCGAGGGAAAAUCAAAUUGUACGUCAUACAAAUGAUGAAAAUGAAUCUCAACCUAUAUACAAUGAGCUUAACGAAUCCACAGAACAGAUACCAAACAAUGUGUAUGGAGUUUCCCAGGCGAUGUUCAGCGGGGAGUGUUCCGCUGAUGACGUGUACUCAUACAAUCACCUCCACGAGAAGGACUCGCACCUGAGCGCAAAUAUAUAUGACGUCUCACAUACUUCCGGGUCGUUUGUCACUGGCAAGAAUGACACUGCUGACCUGGCCAAACCAUGUGAAGAAAACACAGAGGGGAAUGUCUAAUGAUUACGUAGCUUCAGUAAAUUCAAGGUUCCGUAGUAAUUUCAUUCACAGGGGCAUACACUGGAUAUAUUGCCAUUGUUUAAGUAUUUUCAAUGUUUAUAUAAUUGUACAAAAUGUAAUUAACAAAAAACAAAAACAAAAAAAACAAACAAAAAAACAACAACAAAAACAACCAAUGAAUCGUACUUUUAAUAUUCUUUUUCUAUUGUCAAAAUGUUUUGUGGGAGUCAGAUUGCAUUUGGAUGUUCAGUUUAUUUUUAACAAUAUCUUUAGUCACAUGCAUCACUGUCCCCAUAUAUGCAUACAUCUGUAUGUUUUCCUUAUUAACCUAUUAAUUAACAUUUCCAAAUAUAGCAAUUAAUAUUUUUCAUUUGCGGUAUAAAAAUAGAUGGAGAUUCGGAUUUUGACACAUUAUUUAAGGUAAACAUAAAGGCGAUACUAAAAAUAAUGCCAGUCCUGGUUCUGUCAUGAAGGAUACUUUCUAUACGCUGAGAAUGAUUUCAGAUUGAUCUAAUUGAUGUUAUAUUGAUAUUUACAAGUCAAUAAACUUUGUGUCAUAUUGAUAUUCAAUUUGUAAGUCAAUACACGUCUUGUCAUAUUGAUAUUUAUAAGUCAAUAAAGUUCAUGUCAUAUAGAUAUUCAAUUUGUAAGUCAAUAAACGUCAUGCCAUAUUGAUAUGUAUAAGUCAAUAAAGUUCAUGUCAUAUAGAUAUUCAAUUUGUAAAUCAAUAAAAAUCGUGUCAUAUUGAUAUUUAUAAGUCAAUAAAGUUCAUGUCAUAUAGAUAUUCAAUUUGUAAGUCAAUAAACGUCAUGUCAUGUUGAUAUUUAUAAGUCAAUAAAGUUCAUGUCAUAUAGAUAUUCAAUUUGUAAGUCAAUAAACGUCAUGUCAUGUUGAUAUUUAUAAGUCAAUAAAGUUCAUGUCAUAUAGAUAUUCAAUUUGUAAGUCAAUAAACGUCAUGUCAUGUUGAUAUUUAUAAGCCAAUAAAGUUAAUGUCAUAUCGAUUUUCAAUUUGUAAGUCAAUAAACGUCAUGUCAUAUUGAUAUUUUUAAGUCAAUAAAGUUCAUGUCAUAUAGAUAUUCAAUUUGUAAAUCAAUAAACAUCGUGUCAUAUUGAUAUUUAUAAGUCAAUAAAGUUCAUGUCAUAUAGAUAUUCAAUUUGUAAGUCAAUAAACGUCAUGUCAUGUUGAUAUUUAUAAGUCAAUAAAGAUAAUGUCAUAUCGAUUUUCAAUUUGUAAGUCAAUAAACGUCAUGCCAUAUUAUUAUUUAUAAGUCAAUAAAGUUCAUGUCAUGUUGCUUUUUAUAA